CUAUAAUAUAAGCUUGCCUCACAAGAAAAGUAAAGUUGCUAAGCGCCAAAUAGCUUAUAAAUAAGGGUAAAAUUUGUGUUUGGAAUAUCCAUGCCCUUAAAUGAAUCCAUAGAUGUAAAUUCGAGUGAUGUGAUCGAUUUGACAAGAACCCCUUCUCCUAUAAACGAGCCACCGCAAUCGUCUGCUCCUACAGUAAUUGAUGUGGAUGCUAUACCCGAUGAUCCAUUUACGGUGACUCCUGCUGAAGAGCGACCCCAAAGGGGGCGUAGUCGCCGACGACUUCGGAGACGGCGUAACCUGGCAUCUAACCCAUUGUCUUAUCUUGAAGACAUGGUGUAUUUAGGCCCGCAAGUCGUCUCCCGAAGGUCUUCCAGAGGUUCUCGCAGUCUACUUGAAAUCAUGACACGUUCAUUUCCUGAUUUGGGAUCAGCGAACGCAAUGUCCCCGACUUUAUUUGAAAUGCUGUUGGGUAGAAUGAGGUACGAAAGUUCUCAUCCUGGCCGAGAAACCAGUGCCUCUGGAGUUAAUGAUUAUUUUUCUGAUUAUGUCCCUGAAACAGAAACUCAUUCACCUUCCAUAGAAGAACGAAAGGCUACUUAUGUUCCCCCAAAGCCUGCCUCACAGGGAUAUACUCGAAGCUUUGGCUCUGAAACGGCCAUGGCAUGUCCUCGUUGUCAUGAAGAAUUGGGAAUUUCGAAAAGCGUUGAAAAGGCAAGCGUCUGGGCUACCAAAUGUGGCCAUGUCUAUUGUGGAUCUUGCGCGAAAGUGCUCAAAACAAGUCGACGACCAGAAGCCAAAUGUUCGGCGUUGGGUUGUAAUCGUUAUUUGAACACAAAAAAUGCAAUUUGGGAAUUAUACUUCUAGGUUACGAUUGAUAGAUUGGUUUUAUGUUAAUAUUUAUUUGUUUACUCUCGUUAUAUAUAUAUAUAUAUAUAUUUCUAUUUUUGGGUAAAUGGAGCGAAAAUGGAGAUAUAAUGAGCCGAAUUGUCAACAUGAAUCUAGAUCUGAUUCUUGAAAUUCUUCAUCCACUAAAGAAUUGAUGAUUGACAUCGCCUGCUUUUUCCUUUCUUGCACAUCUAAAUUUAACGCUAACAUUGGUCAGUGUAGUUUAAUGACUAACAUACCUCGAAGCUGUUUUGCUUGAUUAACGAGAGAAUUCAAAUCUGAAUCAUUCAGAGACAUCGAGGAAUCUCUAUAUGGCACUGUAUUGGAUGCUUCUUUUUCCGUGUCUUCUAAGGUAUUCUCAUUAUGAUAGAGGUCCCAUUCGCAACAAUUGAAAAUAUCCAAAACACGAUCAAAACCCAACAUUUCUUUAGACUGUAAGCAGUCAUUUUCAGAGCCUGUAACUUCUCAAACACAUACCUCCAAACUCAUUCUUUCCCGUCUGGGACAAUACUACAUACUCAGGGUUUAAGCUCUCAGGAGGCCUCGUCAUGGAUGAGCUAUCCAUAUGAAGUCCAAUGAUGGGAAUAGUAUUUUCCAGAUUUUCACUAAAUUUAUUCCACAAAGACCAUUCUUGGGGUUCAAAUCUGCGGAAUGUAUAGACGAUGACACUAAUGGCAUUCAUAACUUCAUUAGCAUCCUGGGAAGCAUAUGCUUCCAGUGUUUCUUCCAAGUCCGUGUAUUCGUCAAUCCAUAUUCCAACCUCUCUUUGAAAGUAUUUAUUUCUCAAUGUAUAUUCAUGCGUCAAACCAGCAUGUGAUGUUUCGCUUGAUGUCAAGCUCAAUCCUCUAGGUAAAGUUCCCGUCAAAGCUACGUUUUAGCAUUCUGCUUGAAUUCCUUUUAUAUAAAAUUAUUUUGCUGAGCUACCUUUAACAAAUGUUAGUUUACCAGAUUUUGGCUUCCCUAUAAUUAGGAUUCGUUUUGAAUCCAUCUUCUAUUGAACAAUAUAACACAGAAUAUUCGAGGAACCUAGUAUUUUCAAAGUCAAUAUAUAUAGAACACUUAGACAAGGUAACAGCUAUAGCAGAGAGAACGUA